ACCACUCAGUACCUCACCAAGUUAGCAGACAGCCAGUGGUGUUAAUGCCGGUGAUGCUCUUCCUGUUCCGAUCAUUUUCCGGCCGUCUUACUUAACCAAUGGCGACGUCUUCUACAGUGAUAGGUUGUGAUGAGAUGCCAAAAGGAGACAAACUUGUUCUAAGGGGUUUAAAAUUCCAUGGAUACCAUGGGGUGAAGCCUGAAGAAAGGACUCUGGGUCAAAAGUUUGUAGUGGAUGUGGAUGCCUGGAUGGACCUUCGAACUGCUGGUAAAUCUGACCUGUUAUCAGACACACUUAGUUACACUGAUAUUUACCGCAUAGUAAAAGAGGUUGUGGAGGGGUCACCACAUAAUCUUCUUGAAUCUGUGGCUGAACGCAUUUCAUCUACAACCCUGAGCAAAUACCCCCAGGUAAAUGCUGUGCGUGUUCAGGUCCAAAAGCCACACGUUGCAGUCCAAGGACCAGUCGACUACUUGGGCGUUGAGAUCAUUAGAUACCGAGGCAUUGAUAUAUAAAUCUGCCAAGCCUAAUAUUCUGCUGGUCGGUUCUUCACCGAAAUCUAUACAAUGUGUGUUUUUCUUGUAUUAUAAUUGAACUCUUCUUCAUAACAUAAUAUUGACGAAACUUUUAGUUUGAAUUGAUUGAUAAUGCUAAGUUUUCUCUUUGAUGCCA